AUAAAUUGUGUUUCAUUUAUUGAACCUAUUAUAUAACGCGUGUAGGCACUAAAACAAUAUAAAUAUAUAUAUAAAUAUUAUAUUAAUAUUGUGAAUAUUGUUUUGUGGUCUCGAGCGCAUGAUGCGCAUAAUAAUAGGUACCUACCUGUUAUUAUAUCGUGUACAGCUAACAGGACCGUACUAUAAUAUUAUAAUAAUAAUAUGAAACGCAACGCACUCGAACUCGCGUUAUCUCCGAGUCACACACGAGUGCUGUGUCCUCGUGGUGGAGUGUCGUUCGGCUGUAAUAGAUAAGAUACGCGUCGGCGGCGCCCGUCUCUUAGGAAGUCGGUAAAAGAACGUUUAGCGUUUAGUCUUCGAUCAGAGUUCAGUCGAAUUUCAAAUUAACCACACACGCACAGCUGCAGUUAAACGCAUCAACAUGUACAAAAUCGUGUUCGUCGUAGCCGUGUUCGCCUUCACGCUCCAGGGUGCCUUCAGCGGCCCCGUCGCCGAAAACGCGGCCCCCGUACCGGUAGGCACCGGACCUGCCAGCAAUUCCAAUAACAUUGGAGCUCCGGUCGACAAGCCUGCUAAUGACGUUGUAACCGACACUACGACGACCGCACCGGAAGCUACCACUACCACUGUUGCCCCGAAGAAUGGCGCUUCCAGCACGGAAAUGUGCUUACUGCUCGUCCAAGUCUCAUCGUUAGCGCUGGUCGCCAAGCACAUGCUGUUGUAAAUUUUUGUGGUCAUGUAGUUUGACGAAAAACGGUGUAACUAUAUGCAAUCAUAAAAUAUACUGCACAUUACGUAACGAUAUAAUAUAAUAAUAUUAUUGUUUUAUUAUUCGUACGUUUUAUUUUCAUACAUAUAUUGUUCAAUAUAAUAUUAUAAUGUUUAUUAAUUUUUAUAGUUAAACCAAUAAUCUAUAAGAUAAUAAUAUAAUUAUAAUUACUUACAGUAGGUACGACUUUUAUUACUUCACUAUUAGCGUAUAAACCAAUUUUUUUUUAUGUAUAAUAUGCUAAAUAUCUAAAUGAUUAAUUUGAUAUUUCAUUUGCAUUAGUUAAUAAUAUACAUUAUUAUACCUUGAUAUUUCUUCAACAAAUAAAUAUAUUUUCAUACCAGCUAUAUAUUAUUAUUUGUAAUUAUUAUUUUGUAUCAACGGAGCAAUACAUUAUAUUUUAUAGGUGGUAUUAGGUUAGGUAUUACUAUUGAUAUUACUAAAAUUAUAUUAUACUUACGCACC